UAUGUGGCCUCAUCGGAGCAGGAAACAACUGUGACUAAAACAGCUGCCUCCAAAACUCAGUCGAGUUCUAUCACUGAUUCUCUCGACUUGGUGUUUCAGCUUUUUCUUUUGUUGCCCUCCCAUUGAUUUGGAAAUGGAAGUCUCUUCUCUCUCAAUAACUUCAAGAGCCUGUCCCUUUUCUCCUGCAACAGAGUCACUGCUGCUUAAAAGGAUCAGGCGGCCUUCACUUCAUCAAUGCUUAGUAUCCAUUUCGCUGAAUAAAAGAACUUCACAGUCUUUGUUCUCGAGGCAAACUGGACCUACUGUUUUCAAAGAAAACUCGAUCAAGGUCUUAUGCAGUCUAAGGAGAGAUGUUCCCGUGGUCGAGGCCAGUUCUAUGGGUGAGAUAUAUGAUGCUUUGGCAGAGCGCAUUCUUCCUGCCGCAGCUGCUGCAUCAAAUCCUAAUUUGAAGCAUAUUGUAGGCUUGGCUGGUCCCCCUGGUGCCGGAAAGAGCACUAUAGCUUCUGAAGUAGUGCGGCGUGUAAAUAAGAUAUGGCCCCAAAAAGCUUCAUCAUUUGAUUCACAAGUUAAACCUCCUGAUGUUGCUGCAGUUCUUCCCAUGGAUGGGUUCCAUCUUUAUCGUUCCCAGCUUGAUGCAAUGGAGAAUCCAGACGAAGCCCAUGCAAGACGGGGAGCUCCCUGGACGUUUUCUCCAACUCUACUACUUGAAUGUCUAAAGAAACUGAGGAAUGAGGGAUCAGUCUAUGCACCAUCAUUUGAUCAUGGGGUUGGAGAUCCGGUUGAAGAUGAUAUCUUUGUGAGCCUUCAGCAUAAAGUGAUCAUAGUUGAAGGAAAUUAUCUAUUGUUGGGAGAAGGGGCUUGGAAGGAUAUAUCGUCUAUGUUUGAUGAGAAGUGGUAUAUUGAUGUUGACAUUGACACAGCAAUGGAACGAGUUUUAAAGCGACAUAUUUCUACAGGAAAACCUCCAGAUGUUGCAAAAUGGCGGAUAGAUUAUAAUGACCGGCCCAAUGCAGAGCUAAUAAUCAAGUCAAGGAAAAAUGCAGACUUAAUAAUCAGGUCUAUUAAUUUCUAACAAAAUGAGGUGAGUUGAAUUCUUUUUGUUUUUGCAUUAAAUUGAAUAAAUGAAUGACGAUUCUUCCAUCCCUCUGUCUCUUCCCAGCCCCAAUCUCUUAACACUACUGGAGAUUCAGACUAGUCAUGUUCAAUCUUCAUUGAGAAGUUGAUAUGCUAAUUUAUUUAUUUGGGCAA